AGCAACGGGGGCUCAGCUGCAUCACCUCAGACUCGGUAGUAGAAAUUUCUUUGAAAAAAAAUGUUUAGGCUACCAACAGUACCGUGACGAAGGCACUAGAGUGUAAUAGGCCUCAUAAACCUGCUGAGGUUGAACAUACCAUGUGGAUGGUCCUGAUGAGAGUGUGCGCUGCCUGCUGACAAAAGAGGGGAAAGAGACGAGUGAUGAGCUCUGUGCGUCAGGACGCACAAGGCAGCCGCAUAUGGCCUGUGUACCCUGAUUUAAACGGGUGAUCUCGAAGGGGGAAGAGUGGACAGUUUGGGAAAAAGCAAGAAGAGGUGCGCAUCAGACAUUCAAAGGUCUGAUCUCCGCUCGCAUGCAGACGUUUUUUGCGAGGGUGGCACAUUUGCUCAUACCUUGUAGCAGUGGCGGACGGACUGCACGAUACUUCUGUUCAGUUAAUGUUCCUCCGUAGUUUCACGUUUCGGGCUUCGCCAGUGUCGUAGUCACUCGCGGGUCGUCAUUGCUACUACCAGGACGAUGGUGUCGUCGUUAUUUAUUUUGAUGCCCAGACGGGCGCAUUUUCGUGACAGUUGCUUCUGUCCUUAAGGAUUUUCUUUUACGGCUCUCAUAUUUUUGGUCUGGUGAUCUUCCCCCCCCCCUUCACUUUGUCCUUAUAUAUUCCGGUUUGUCUUUAAGAUAGCAGCCUAUUAAUAUUUAAUUCUUAUGCAUCCGCAUGAAGACGGCACCAGAAAGGAGAAAACGAGCGAUAACCGAGCGGGGGAAAGGGAGAAGGAGGCAGCUGUGGAGACAAACCAGAAUGAAUGAGACACUCUGAGCAGCCAAGAAGACGGAGAUUGGACAAAUCGAGGGUCACCGUCAGGGAGGGUGUGAGCUGAGGAAAGUGGCACCCCACGCACCCGUGCCUGCUGACCACCUUCAAGCUUUAGCAUCCGUCCUUUUUCCUGUCUCCCUGCUAAGCUUCAAACAUGGCUCUGGCGAUCUGGAUCAUCUUCAGCUCUUUUGUGGCUUUUAGCAACAUUGCCCCUUCCUCUCAGGCUCUAAGCCGGUCAAUGAUGCCAUUCGGUUUGAUGCGCCGGGAGCUGGCAUGUGAAGGCUACCCAAUCGAGUUGCGCUGUCCCGGAAGUGAUGUCAUCAUGAUUGAGACGGCCAACUACGGCCGCACCGAUGACAAGAUCUGUGAUGCCGAUCCCUUUCAGAUGGAGAAUGUGCAGUGUUACCUGCCCGACGCCUUCAAGAUAAUGUCACAGAGGUGUAAUAAUCGCACUCAGUGUGUGGUGGUCGCAGGGUCAGACGUGUUCCCAGACCCCUGCCCAGGGACCUACAAGUAUUUGGAGAUCCAGUAUGAGUGUGUCCCCUACAAAGUGGAUCAAAAAGUUUUUGUGUGCCCUGGGACGUUGCUGCGGGUGCAGGUGCCCAGCUCUCAGCAGGAGGCAGAGCACCAGGCGGGGGCAUGGUGUAAGGACCCUCUGCAGUCUGGGGAUCGUCUGUAUGUCAUGCCCUGGACCCCCUAUCGCACUGACAUGCUGUAUGAGUAUGCCUCCUGGGAAGACUUUAAACAGAACAGAGCCACGACUACCUACAAGUUACCAAACAGAGUCGAUGGCACAGGCUUUGUAGUCUAUGACGGUGCAGUAUUUUACAACAAAGAACGCACAAGAAACAUUGUCAAGUAUGACCUGCGUACACGCAUCAAAAGCGGUGAAGCCAUUGUCACAAACGCCAACUAUCAUGACACGUCGCCGUACCGCUGGGGAGGGAAGUCGGACAUUGACCUCGCCGUGGACGAGAAUGGCCUCUGGGUGAUAUACGCCACUGAAUCCAACAACGGACGACUGGUGGUCAGCCAGGUUAACCCUUAUACGCUACGCUUUGAAGGCACCUGGGAGACGAGCUUCGACAAGAGGAUGGCAUCCAAUGCCUUCAUGGCUUGUGGCGUUCUGUACGCGGUGCGCUCAGUCUACCAGGACGAUGACAGCGAAGCAGGCGGAGACCUGGUGAUGUAUGCCUACAACACCAAUCGUGCGCGUGAGGAGCCGGUCAACAUCGCUUUUCCGAACCCCUACCAAUAUGUAUCCUCUGUGGACUACAACCCUCGAGACAACCAGCUGUAUGUCUGGAAUAACUACAACGUGCUGCGCUACCCGCUCGAGUUCGGGCCACCAGACCCCACCACUGGCCCUCUGACCACCACCCAAGUGACCCCUACUCCACCAUCAAGAGCAUUCACCUCCAGUGCAAGUCCCUCUACCGUACGACCUCUGGCCCCCACCUCACGCCCUAUCGGUUCCAUUAACAAGCAUCCCGAUCUGCGUCCAAUCACAGCCACUGUACCUGUCACUCGCCGGCCACCUCCUCCUCCUGCUCCUCAAGGCCCAGAUCGGCCUUUUUGUGAAACUCAGCUCAUUCGGGGAAUCCAGUGGCCAACCACUCAGCGAGGGGAAACUGUGGACCGUCCCUGUCCUAAAGGAUCUUUAGGCAUUGCUUCUUUCCAGUGUUUGGCGGACCAGGUCAUUUGGAACCCACGGGGUCCUGACCUGAGUAACUGCACCUCCCCAUGGGUCAACCAGGUGGCACAGAAGAUAAAGAGUGGGGAGAAUGCUCCUAAUAUAGCCAGUGAGCUGGUGAACCACACGCGAGGCCGGAUCCAAGCCGGUGAUAUUAGUUCAACUGUCCGGCUGAUUGAGCAGCUGCUGGAUAUACUGGACGCCCAGCUUCAAGCCCUGAAGCCCAGAAAUAAAGAAUCAGCUGGACGAAACUACAAUAAGUUCCAGAAGCGGGAGCAGAAUUGUCGGGCAUACAUCCAGGCGGUUGUUCAGACGGUGGACAACUUGCUCCGUCCUGAGGCGCUGGACUCUUGGCAGGACAUGAACAGCACAGAGCAGGCUCACACCGCCACCAUGCUCCUGGAUGUCCUGGAAAAAGGAGCUUUCCUCCUGGCCAACAACAUGUAUGGGAACCGCUUCUCCGACCGAGCCCCCAGCGUCGAUCUGGAGGUGCACGUCGUCAACACAGAAAUGGACCUUCAGGACUUGUCAUUCCCACAGAAUUAUGCCAGCGACAGCACCAUUCAGCUGUCAGCCUCCACCAUCAAGCAGUACAGUCGCAACGGACAAGUAAAAGUGGUGUUCAUUCUGUACAAAAAUUUGGGAUCUUUCUUGUCCACUGAGAAUGCUACGGUGAAAAUAGAAAUGGAGGGAUCGAACUAUGAGAGGAAACGACUAGCGGUCAACUCCCAUGUAAUCGCCGCCUCCAUCAACAAAGAGUCCAGCAGAGUGUUUCUCACUCAGCCGGUCAUCUUCACGCUCAAACAUCUUCAGAACAAGAAUUACUACACUCCGAAUUGCUCGUUUUGGAACUACUCUGAGCGCUCCAUGACGGGUCAGUGGUCGUCGCAGGGCUGCAGGCUGCUGGACACCAACGGCACACACACCACGUGCUCCUGCAGCCACCUCACCAACUUCGCCGUGCUGAUGGCUCACCACGAGGCGGAUGGUCGAAUGCACGAACUGAUCCUGUUCGUCAUCACCUGGGUGGGCAUCGUCAUCUCCCUGGUGUGUCUGGCCAUCUGCAUCUCCACUUUCUGCUUCCUGCGGGGUCUGCAGACUGACCGCAACACAAUCCACAAGAACCUCUGCAUCAACCUCUUUAUCGCCGAGCUGCUUUUCCUCAUCGGUAUCGACAAGACGGAAUAUCAUAUCGUCUGUCCCAUCUUUGCUGGCCUUCUCCAUUUUUUCUUCUUGGCUGCCUUCUCCUGGAUGUGUCUGGAGGGUGUGCAACUGUAUCUCAUGCUCGUGGAGGUCUUUGAGAGCGAGUACUCACGCAAAAAGUACUACUAUCUGUGCGGCUACUGCUUCCCCGCGCUGGUGGUGGGCAUCUCGGCAGCCAUAGACUACAGGAGCUAUGGGACCAAGAAAGCAUGCUGGCUGCGAGUGGAUAACUACUUCAUCUGGAGCUUCAUUGGACCUGUGUCAUUUGUUAUUAUGCUCAACCUCAUUUUCCUCAUGAUCACGCUCCAUAAAAUGAUUCGCAAUUCUUCAGCACUCAAGCCAGAUUCGAGUCGUCUGGAUAACAUAAAGUCGUGGGCUCUUGGGGCCAUUGCUCUGCUGUUCUUGCUUGGGCUAACAUGGGCCUUUGGCCUCCUCUUUAUUAAUGAGAACACAGUAAUCAUGGCCUACCUGUUCACCACCUUCAAUGCCUUCCAGGGAAUGUUCAUCUUCAUCUUCCAUUGUGCCCUGCAGAAGAAGGUUCAUAAGGAGUACAGUAAAUGUCUGCGUCACUCCUACUGUUGCAGCCGCUCCUCCACCAACAGCUCCCACGGCUCCCUGAAGAACUCCGGCCUGCGCGCCAACAACCGCUACUACAGCGGCAGCCAAGCUCGCCAUGCAGCUGCCCACAGACAGAGUCGAAUCCGUAGGAUGUGGAACGACACGGUUCGAAAGCAGACAGAAUCCUCAUUCAUGGCAGGAGAUAUCAACAGCACUCCGACGCUCAACCGUGCGACCAUGGGCAACCACCUUCUGACAAACCCGGUGUUACAGACCCGCUCUGGUACAUCACCCUACAACACUCUGCUGGCUGAAAGCUUCACCCCCCCCUCACCUGGAGUCUUCAACUCCACAGGAACUUUCCGUGACCCAAAGAGUACACUUUCUAAGCCCCGUGACCCUUGUGGAAUGGAGACCCUUCCGCUAAAUGGUAACUUCAACAACAGCUACUCCAUGCGAAGUGGGCCAGCGGGUGGAGGUGGCGGCAGCUGUGACUUUCUUAAUGGCGGAGACACUCCUCCACCCAUUUUCAACCCUCGUAGUUCAGAAACCCUGGGAGGCGGAGGCACCCGGCGAAACCUCUCUGAUGCCGCAGCCUUUGAGAAAAUGAUCAUCUCUGAGCUUGUCCAUAACAACCUGCGAGGCGGUGUAGGCGGAGGACCUGCAGGAGGUGGAACUGACGCAGGGGACAGAACAUAUGCCAGUCUAGUUAGGGGACAUCCUCACUGCGGAGUGGGUCGGGGAACAACUGCAGGCGGACAAGAGCCUUCCAUCAGCAUGGAUGAGGACGAUGAGUUUCUGAGUGACGGACGGCAAAGAACACCUCAGGAUGUAGAGCUGCUUUAUAAAGCUCUGGAAGAACCCCUGCUGUUGCAGCGCGCCCAGUCGGUCCUCUACCAGAGCGAUCCAGAGGAGUCAGAGAGCUACACUGCUGACCUUACAGAGAGCCUCGGCAACAGUGGUCAGAGUGGUGGUGAGCAGGGAGACAAUCGAGCGCCAGACUCACCUGCCCACGACUCCCUGUACACCAGCAUUACCAACCUGCAGGACUCUCCCUACCCCGACAGCAGUCCUGAGCCGCUGGAGGUCGUGCCGCGUUCAGCUCAGCCACCUGAAGAGCUGUACUACAGCUCUGGGAGGCCUGCUCUCGGUUCUCGUGGGGCCCCCAUGCAGACCUUCUAUCAGGCCCCACCUCAAAGACCCAGCGGGGAGGGACUCCAGGCUCAGGAGCCCGCCCACACUGAGGGAGACGGACAGAUGCAACUGGUCACCAGCCUGUGACUGGAGUCUCAAGGAGGCUGUUGGAAACUGUCGUAACGGCCAAAGCCUCCUUUGAGCGGUCUCUUUCUCAUGUGUCUCCACUCUCUGCUUAUUUGGUUGCCUUUAUUUCUCUUGACUUUUAUUUAACUUACAUAUGAGAAAACUGACUGAGCUUCUGGGGGAGUCAAAGCUGACUCUGCUGAUGCAGCCUUUAUCGUCAACUCUCCCCCAUCGUCUGGAUAUGAGUGAUGGGUGUUUUUCAUCAGAGCUUUUGAUACCUCUGUGCGACCCCAGUUUUUGGUACCCUAAGGCCAAGUCCAGCACUCUGAAUGUACCAAUCCACUCCCCCCUUUACCUUUGGAUAUUUCAGAACUUUCAAACUUUGUUAAAAGAAAUUUAUGUGUUCAGACCUGCCUCAGUAGAUGAGGAUAUUGUUUUAUAUUUUGUCUCAUUUCCUUUUCUUACCAUCUUUAGAUCUUUUGUUUAAGUCAUCAUUUGAUAGGGGUAGUUAGCUGUGCAGACAGGGAAUAUUGUACACUAUUAUUACCUAAAAUGUCUCACAGAAAGCUCUUCAUCGUUGCCAAAAAUAUCUUUUAUUGAGCCAGAACAGAAACUAGAAUAUUUACAAGGCAAAUACACACACACACACGCACACACACACACACACUUGUUCUCUUUCUCUCUCUCUCUGUCACACACACACUCACGCAUCCUGAAGUGCUUGUUUCUGAACAUCAAAAAAAAAAAAAAAAGCAAAGACAAUACUCCAUUUAAGUAAAAGGGAGCAAAAGCUUUUGUUCCAAGCAGCCAGUGGGAGCUGAUUCAGUGUAGUUGCCUUCAUUUAGUCUCGCUGUGAAUCACAAGUGUACAGAAGUGGAGUACAGGUGGAGACAGAGACUGAGGAGGUGCUGUAUCACCCAUCCAGAGCUGGAGAGCCUACACCCAUAAGACUGGGCGACGCUCUCCGCUGUUCUCUGUGUUCGUUUGCUUUAGGCCUUUGAAACGUUAAAUGACUGCCUUGUUGUUGUUUAAAGAGAGUAUUCAGUUUCUAAAUCCCGGGGCUGCAAGUGCACAUUGCUGCCCCACUUCCCUUGUACUUUGCUGUUAGAGCCUAGAGUGAAACGGACUAUCUGUGUGUUCUUGUGGCAAACAGGACUGCAGACGUCACAGACACACUGAGCGACAGUUGGUAUAACCAUGUACAUAGAAAACCACACAUGAAUACUUUAUUCCUAUUAUGUAAAUACAAACACCAGAUGAUCAAAAGCAACAAAAAUAAUAAAUACUAUGAAAAUUACUUCUUGUACUACAACAAAUUGUUGAAGGAAAAGAAUAAAAUGCUUUGUGACCUGGAUGAAACACUCUAUCUAUCUCUCUCCCCCGGACCGUAAUCUCUCACUCUUUCCUUUUUUCUUUUUUUUUUUUCCAUGAAAUUCCUUAUCUAUUCAAUGGAGAGAGAAAAUCAGACAAAAAAGCGAGAGUGAUUAGGAUGUGAUGAAGAUUUUUAUUUUUUAUUUUUCAUAUCUAAAAGGGAAACAAAUCAAACAAAAAAUGUACUGGCACAAUUUUUUUAUGUGAUUAAAAUCCAUCACAUGUUAAUUUUUAACCUUCGACAUUUUAUAGGCUGAAUUUCCAAAAGCAGUGGGGAGAUAGUGCUGUGGGGCAAGCGAGAUAGAUGUUGUCAGAUGUCAUUCUGUGCCUCACCAGCACAUUGAAGCGUUGUGUGGUGACCAACUGCAUCCAUUAAGUGAUUCAGUUUGGCUCUUGUAUUAUUUGGAAAAUUUAACCAGAUGAAAUACUUUUAACAUGGGUUUUAGCAUGUAAAAUAAUGACAUUUGUUUUGCUGUCAGAGAAUAUUGCAUUUUGCUGUUUCUUAAAGAUAGUUUCAACAUUACUCCAGAGCCUUAUGUGACAACUCAUUAUUUUCCAGUGAGCAUGUGUGUGUGUGCAUGUAAGUGUGAAUGUGCUGUGUCAGAUUUUUUUUUUUUUUUCUAAGUGUGAGACUGUAUCGUGCACACAACUUCAACAGGCUUUUCUUAUCCGUGACAAGAAUUGAAUGCAAAUCACACAAGGCGAGAUACUCAUCUGUGAAAGUUGCCAUUACUCCUCCUCCUCAGACGGAUAUUGUUCUUACAGUUGUGGUCAUGAGUGAGGAGGAGGACGGGAAGAGUCAGAGUGCCUAGAGAGACAGGAGGUACCGCUAGAAGAUGAAAAUGACAAACCAGAUUGACUGAUUGGGAGGAAUAUUUCUAAUAUGCCACCUGAUGUGAAGCAAAAUUAGCCAUCAAAUGAUAAAUGCUUCAAAGGGUUCCUGUCAAUCGUUAAAACCCAUUUGACCUUUUAAAAAUGUCUGCCUUCUUUUAUGUUUUUUUUUUCCAGAAGUGUAUGUUUUGGAUUUUCUGUUUCUACUGACUUAAUCGCUAUGUUCUUUUUUUAAACUAUAUCCUUUUAAACCUGCAGCAAGUUAAAAAAAAGAGCAUGUGGUGCGAUGACACAAUUUGAAGAGAAGACAGACGCGUCUACCACAGUGUGACAUUUGGCUGGGACCUUAGUGUCCCACUUCUAAAGAGAACCCAAAGGACAGCUUUUAGCUGCAGCUCCUGGGGCUGAAAGAGAGAGAGGGUUAAAGACAGAUAAAGACAAGGGAUUACAAGGAUUUGCUACUAUUUCUUCAGGUUAUUCUAAUUACUCACCUAAGUACCAUUGUACUGGCUGUGGAGGAAAAUGAAGCUAAAAAAGGAGCCACUGGUAUCAUCACUUGAGCUGUAGGGGGAAUGUCUGCGGUACUCUUUUGAUUAAACAUGACCUGGAUAUGCAACUGAACUUGUGAACUCUCAGUGAUUACAGGUUUUAAAAAUUAGAUCUGCUCUUGUGGUCUGGUUUGCCAUGGUGAUGGACUGCUGAAGUGGAGAUCCUGUGGCACAGCAAUGAAGACCACUGAAUGUAUUUUUUGAAUGCAGGACUGGAGCAAGAACAAGUUAUUCCACAGCUGUAGUAGUAAUUGGAAACAAAUGAUUGCCAUCAUUACCUUAAUCCCUCUUUUUCUCAUUAUAACCAUCUUUCAUUUGCUGUAUUUGAUGCUGAUCUCAGCAGAGAAACACUGCACUGAUGACCCCCAACUAUCCCCUCAAAGGAAAAUAGGAAUUUGUAUCACCUUGGGUCUGCUUACGUUAAUUCUUGUGGCGCCGCUUCUUUUCCUGUUAAACUCAUCUGCAUUUUAAUAUCUAUCUCGAUAGACUGCAUUAGAACAGCACCUCUUUGUGAGUGUUAAUUUGUUUUGUUGAAAGCUUUGUUUAUCCCAGAUUAAUAUUUCAAUAAACAGAGAAGGGCGUUGCUCCGGUAAAUGAUAGUGAUUAUGCUGCAGAAGGUAUGCAGCCCACGCUGUUGGACAGUGUCUGGUAGUGUCUCACGCAAUGGGAGUUUCACUGCCGUUCAUAAGCCUCCAAACCUCUGAUUACAAUAAUAACUCUGUGGGAGCUAAUUUACCACAGAGAAUUCACCGUUCUCCAUCCUCUUGUUUUUGGUCUUUGUUUGCAGAUGUCUAAUGCGUUUCCCAUUCAAUGCUAAUGUCAAAGUUAACAUGUGCGCUUUAAUAGUUAGAACUGUAGGAUCCCAGGCUGUUGACACAGAGAUUUCCAAGUGCUGCAGCUAAGCAGAGACAGCCGUGGGAUUGAUUUGUCUUUAAUUAGAUUGGGAUUUCACCAGACUGUACUGUGUGCACACAUAGCUGACCCUUAUCCACACAGACAUUACCGUCUGCGUGGCCUAAGCAAAGACAAACCAGGAACAACAUCAGAAUGCUGUCAAAAUGACCUAAAGUGUAAAGGCCAGGUGCCCUGAUGAGUGGGGUGGUAUUUAGAAACUGAGAACUAAAUCCCGUCAGGUAUUGAGCCAAGUGGUUGUGACCCUUAUGAAGAUCAGAUAUUAAAAGACAUACAGUAUGUCAACAUUUAAUAAAAAAAAUUAUGGCUUGUAUCUUAUUGCAGUUAGAUUUAUUUUAAUUUCUGUCAUCAAGAAAUGUGUUCUCAAAAGAGGGAAAGAGAAUACCAGACAGCUGAGAAUAUGCUUUAAAAUAUCCUGAGAAUAACUGGAGGUCUAAUAAACACCCUACCCAUGAAAUUAAAAGCACUCUCUAACAAACCCACCCUACCUGUAAUUUGCCACUUGUGGUAAUAGUCAUCUAAAAAAAAA